AUGACCUUUGCUGAAGAAACUAGUAGCACUAAAAAGGAGUUCAUGUCUGGAAGCAAGCGGGGCAACAGUAAGGUGGUGACCUUGCUUCUCCUUUCAGGUUGGCAGCCUCGCUGGUUCCUUCUCUGUGGAGGCAUAUUGUCCUAUUAUGAUUCUCCUGAAGAUGCUUGGAAGGGCUGUAAAGGGAGCAUCCAGAUGGCAGUCUGUGAAAUUCAAGUUCACUCUGUAGAUAACACUCGCAUGGACUUGAUAAUCCCUGGUGAGCAGUAUUUCUACUUGAAAGCCAGAAGUGUGGCCGAGAGACAGCGCUGGUUGGUGGCCCUGGGGUCAGCCAAGGCCUGCUUGACGGACAGUAGGACCCAAAAGGAGAAAGAGUUUGCUGAAAAUACUGAAAACUUGAAAACCAAAAUGUCGGAACUAAGACUCUACUGUGACCUCCUUGUUCAGCAAGUAUAUAAAACAAAGGAAGUGACCUCCGCAAGUGUGUCCAAUUCUGAGGAGGGAAUUGAUGUGGGAACUCUGCUGAAAUCAACCUGCAACACUUUCCUGAAGACACUGGAAGAGUGCAUGCAGAUCGCAAAUGCUGCCUUCACCUCAGAGCUGCUCUGUCACACUCCCCCGGGCUCGCCACAGCUGGCCAUGCUCAAGUCCAGCAAGAUGAAACAUCCUAUUAUACCAAUUCAUAAUUCAUUGGAAAGGCAAAUUGAGAUGAAUAGUUGUGAAAAUGGAUCUUUAAGUAUGGAAAUAAAUGAUGAAGACGACGACCUAAUGAAAAACAAGAGCUCCUUUUGUUUGAAAUCUGUAGAGAGAGACUGUAGCAUAUCAAGUGAAGACACUAUAGAUGAUCAUGUAACAGUUCAAGAUGAAAUAAUGAAAGAAGAUGGAGAAGGAAACUUGGGGAAUCAUGACAGUUUAGCACAGCCCGAAUCAAACUCCUCUUAUAGCUCAGAAUCCCACUGGGAAGAAGGCAGCGAAGUCAUCCCAACUUUCUUCAGUACCAUGAACACCAGCUUUAGUGACAUUGAACUUCUGGAAGAUAGUGGCAUUCCCACAGAAGCAUUCUUGGCAUCUUGUUAUGCUGUGGUUCCUGUAUUAGAUAAACUUGGCCCUACAGUGUUUGCACCUGUUAAAAUGGAUCUUGUUGGAAAUAUUAAGAAAGUAAAUCAGAAGUAUAUAACCAAUAAGAAAGAGUUUACCACCCUCCAGAAGAUAGUGCUGCAUGAAGUGGAGGCGGAUGUGGCCCAGAUUAGGAACUCAGCAACAGAAGCCCUCUUGUGGCUGAAGAGAGGUCUCAAAUUUUUGAAGGGUUUUUUGACAGAAGUGAAAAAUGGAGAAAAGGAUAUCCAGACAGCCUUGAAUAAUGCAUAUGGUCAAACACUCCGGCGGCACCAUGGAUGGGUGGUUCGAGGUGUGUUUGCGCUGGCUCUGAGGGCCGCUCCAUCGUAUGAAGAUUUUGUGGCUGCGUUGACCAUAAAGGAAGGUGACCACCAGAAAGAAGCCUUCAGUCUUGGGAUGCAGAGGGACCUCAGUCUUUACCUUCCUGCCAUGGAGAAGCAGCUGGCCAUUCUGGACACUUUAUAUGAGGUCCACGGACUGGAGUCUGACGAGGUGGUAUGA